GAAAGAAAAUUCGUCACAAUCGUUGUAAGAGCAGAAAGGCAAAACCCGAGUGCUUGGGAUGGCCCUGGGCUGUCGGUGACAGGAGCCGAGUGCCCCGGGACACAGGGACAUCAUGGGCAGCAAGGAGCGCUUCCACUGGCAGAGCCACAAUGUCAAGCAGAGCGGCGUGGACGACAUGGUGCUGCUAUCCAAGAUCUCGGAGGAGGCCAUCGUGGAGAACCUCAAGAAGCGUUUCAUGGAUGAUUUUAUCUUUACCUACAUCGGGCCUGUGCUGAUCUCCGUGAACCCCUUCAAGCAGAUGCCGUAUUUCACCGAGCGGGAGAUCGAGCUGUACCAGGGCGCGGCCCAGUAUGAAAAUCCCCCCCAUAUCUACGCCCUGACCGACAACAUGUACCGGAACAUGCUGAUCGACGGGGAGAACCAGUGCGUCAUCAUCAGCGGAGAAAGCGGAGCUGGGAAAACGGUGGCAGCAAAAUACAUCAUGGGCUACAUCUCCAAAGUGUCUGGGGGUGGGGAGAAAGUCCAGCACGUGAAGGACAUCAUCCUGCAGUCCAACCCGCUGCUGGAGGCCUUUGGAAACGCCAAAACUGUCCGGAACAACAAUUCCAGCCGCUUCGGAAAAUACUUUGAGAUCCAGUUCAGCCGGGGUGGAGAACCCGAUGGGGGCAAGAUCUCCAACUUCCUGCUGGAGAAGUCGCGCGUGGUGAGCCAGAACGAGUGCGAGCGGAAUUUCCACAUCUACUACCAGCUCAUCCAAGGGGCAUCCCAAGAGCAGCGGCAGAAUUUGGGCAUCAUGAGCCCGGAUUAUUACUUCUACCUGAACCAGACAGACACCUACCAGGUGGAGGGCACAGAUGACCGCAGCGACUUCCAUGAGACCGUGAACGCCAUGCAGGUCAUCGGCAUCUGCGGCGAGGACCAGCAGCUGGUGCUGCAGAUCGUGGCAGGGAUCCUGCACCUGGGCAACAUCAGCUUCCGGGAGCAGGGCAACUACGCCCAGGUGGAGAACGCCGACUCCCUGGCCUUCCCUGCCUACCUGCUGGGGGUCGACCAGGAGCGCCUCAAGGAGAAGGUCACCAGCAGGAAGAUGGACAGCAAAUGGGGCGGCCGCUCCGAGUCCAUCACCGUCACCCUCAACGUGGAGCAGGCGGCCUACACCCGGGACGCCCUGGCCAAGGGGCUCUACGCCCGCGUCUUCGACUUCCUUGUGGAGGUGUGUGGGGCUGAGAGGGAACGGUCACCCCCUGCUGCAGGAGACGGCCAAUGCCACCACCCUGCACCCAGCGUGUCCCCCCUGUCCCCACAGUCCAUCAACCGGGCCAUGCAGAAGCCGUACGAGGAGUACAGCGUCGGGGUGCUGGACAUCUACGGCUUCGAGAUAUUCCAGAAAAACGGCUUUGAGCAAUUCUGCAUUAACUUUGUGAACGAGAAGCUGCAGCAGAUCUUCAUCGAGCUGACCCUGAAGGCAGAGCAGGAGGAAUAUGUGCAGGAGGGGAUCAAGUGGACACAGAUCCAGUACUUCAACAACAAGGUGGUGUGUGACCUGAUAGAGAACAAGCUGAACCCCCCUGGGAUCAUGAGUGUCCUGGAUGACGUGUGUGCCACCAUGCACGCCACGGGCGAGGGCGCUGACCAGACCCUGCUGCAGAAGCUGCAGGCGGCCGUGGGCACCCACGAGCAUUUCAACAGCUGGAACUCGGGCUUUGUCAUCCACCACUACGCUGGCAAGGUGUCCUAUGAUGUGAACGGCUUCUGCGAGCGCAACCGGGACGUGCUGUUCACCGACCUGAUCGAGCUCAUGCAGAGCAGUGAAUACGGUUUCAUCCGGAUGCUUUUCCCAGAAAAACUUGAUUCUGACAAAAAGGGACGACCGACCACCGCCGGCUCCAAAAUCAAGGUGUGUCCCGUGGGCUGCAGAGCAGCAGCUGCCUGUGGGGCGGUGGCAGGGGCAGUGCUCCCACCACCCCCUUUGAUGCUACAGAGGUCGAUCCUUGCACCAGAAACAGGCCAACGACCUGGUGAACACGCUCAUGAAGUGCACCCCACACUACAUCCGCUGCAUCAAACCGAACGAGACCAAGAAACCCCGGGACUGGGAAGAGAGCAGGUAACAGGGAGCCCACAGAGCCCAGGGAACAGGACCUGGCCAUGGAGAUGUGGCCAGAACCGGCUUUCCUCCAAAAUCUGCAGCCCUGGGCCGGUCCCUCCGAGCUGUCCACAAAGCCAGGGAAGCACAGGGAGUGUGUGGGGACAUAUUGUCCUAUUUAGGUGCACCUUUAGGUCCCUCCCAACCUGUCACCCACACUGUCCCUCCCUGCUGCACAGGGUGAAGCACCAGGUCGAGUACCUGGGGCUGAAGGAGAACAUCCGGGUGCGCCGGGCAGGGUUCGCCUAUCGCCGCCUCUUCCACAAGUUCCUGCAACGCUAUGCCAUCCUCACCCCCGAGACGUGGCCGUCAUGGCGUGGGGACGAGCGCCAAGGGGUGCAGCACCUCCUGCGCUCGGUCAACAUGGACCCGGAGCAGUACCAGAUGGGCCGGAGCAAGGUGUUCGUCAAGAACCCCGAGUCGGUGGGUGACCCUGACCCCUGGGGGGCACUGCCCAUGCCUGGGCACCACUGGGGAGCGUUUGGGGUGUCCUGGCUCAGCUCUGCCUGUCUCUCCCAGCUCUUCCUGCUGGAGGAGAUGCGGGAGAGGAAGUUUGACAGCUUCGCCCGGGUGAUCCAGAAGGCCUGGCGCCGGCACAUCGCCAUCCGCAAAUACGAGCAGAUGAGAGAGGAGGCCGCCAGCAUCCUCUACAACUUCAAAGAGCGGCGGAGGAACAGCAUCAACAGGAAUUUUGUGGGCGAUUACCUGGGCAUGGAGGAGCGGCCGGAGCUGCGCCAGUUCCUGGCCAAGCGGGAGCGCGUCGACUUCGCCGACUCCAUCACCAAAUACGACCGGAGGUUCAAGCCCAUCAAGCGGGAUUUCAUCCUCACCCCCAAGUACUUCUACCUGAUCGGGCGGGAGAAGGUGAAGAAGGGGCCUGAGAAGGGGCAGAUCAAGGAGGUGCUCAAGAAGAAGGUGGAGCUGCAGGCAGUGAGCGGCGUCUCGCUGAGCACCAGGCAGGAUGACUUCUUCAUCCUCCACGAGAAUGAUGCCGACAAUUUCUUGGAGUCCAUCUUCAAGACGGAGCUGAUCAGCCUCCUGUGCAAACGCUUCGAGGAGCUCACUCGCUCCAAGCUGCCCCUCUCCUUCAAGGACACACUACAGUUUCGGGUGAAGAAGGAGGGCUGGGGCGGCGGUGGCACCCGCAGCGUCACCUUCAUCAGGGGACAGGGCGACGUGGCCACCCUCAAAGCUGGAGGCAAAACCCUUACGGUCAGCAUCGGGGAUGGGCUCCCCAGGAAUGCCAAGCCCACAAGGAAGGGGGCAGCGCAGGGCAGAAGUGGCAGCAGGCGUCCGGCACCUUCCCGAAGUGCCCCACCAGCACCCAGAGGUGAGGAGGGGGUACCAGGGUGGGGACACCCGGGGGUGCAGGCUGCAUGGCCCCCCCGUAAUGCACCCUCCUGGGACGGGAUGUUCCAGGAGCCUGCAGGAACGGGGGCCCCCAGAUGCCCCACAGCGAUGCCUGGGCCCAGAGAGACACCUACAAGAUGCCCCAGAAGCAGACGCGGGGCCCCCCGGCCGCGGCUCUUCCCGCCCGCCCCGCCGGCCACCAGCCCAAGGCACGGCCCCCAUCUGAGCACAACAUGGACUUCCUCAACGUGCCUGACCAGGGGGUGGCCGGGUAGGUCCUGUCCCACGUCCCUCUCCCUGCCCCAUCCUCCUCUCCCGCUGCCACCAGCGCUGGGAGAUGCUUUCCCCUGUGAGGAGGGCACCAGAGUGGGGCAAUCUGGCUUUGCUGGCAGGACACAUCUCCCAGGCUCUUGUGCAUCCCAGUUCCCCCAGUCCCCGCACUGGGAGCACCCACCUGCAGGCACGGAGCACCCCAUGGGUGUGGGACAGCGGGAUGGGCAGUUCAUCCUGCCCCAGAUCCCCCAGUUCACCCACCUGCAGGAGCAGAACACCUCAGGGUGGGCAGGAGGGAGCAGCACAUCCUGCCCCAGUUCCCCCAGUCCGUGCACUGGGAGCACCCCAUGGGUGUGGGACAACAGGGUGGGCAGGAGGGAGCAGCACAUGCCAGGCUCUCCUGCCCUGCGGGUGUGGACCCCAUCCCUCCGGUCCCUCAGGAUGCAGCGCCGGCGCAGCGUGAGCCAGCGGCCGCCCCCGGCCCGGCGCCCCAAGCCCCAGCAGCCCAAGGCGGCAGGGCCGCGGUGCCGGGCGCUUUACCAGUACAUCGGGCAGGACGUGGACGAGCUCAGCUUCAACGUGGGGGACGUCCUUGACAUCCUGAUGGAAGACGCCUCUGGCUGGUGGAAGGGCCGGCUGCACGGCAAGGAAGGGCUUUUUCCCGGGAAUUACGUGCAGAAGAUCUGAGCCGGAGGAGAGGAGGAGGUCACCAUCCUCGCACACCACCUGCACAGGCUGUGCCCAAGGUGCCAGGGGUGGCUCCGUGAAGUUUUUGCGGCGAUGCUGGCACAGAGUGAGCGAUUCCUCAGGAGCCCCCCGGAGCGUGCCUGGCGCUGGGCCCCGCAGCCCCCUCAGCCGGGGACACCCUGCAGCAAGGACGGGCUCCUUGUUCGUACCCUGGGACUCAAACUGCUCCGCGGGAUGAGUACAAUCGUUGUUAAUAAUUACAGUAAAUAAUCAGACUCGGCAAACCCGACUCAGCUGUUGAGUUUAGGGGCUGUAUUUCCCCCCACAGCUCCCACUGUGGCUGUGGCAAAGCCGCCAUGUGGGCAGGCCCAGCCCAGAGGGAGCCCCGCGCUCUCCCACAGUGAACCCUCCGGGAAAUGCUCAAUAAUGCACAAACCGGCUCU